UUUCAAUCUCUCUUUCCAUAACUUUGCGACUUUGAGCAUCAUUGAUAUUCAAAACUUUUCCCGAACGAUCUAUUCCUUUGAACAAUACACGAUAAGAGAAGAAGCGACAGACACAAAGCAUUUUCAAGAUGGAGCCUCGUGCGCGCGCCGGCAAGAAUGUUGGCAAAAUGAACUUUUCCUACGCCGAAUUGGCACAACUCCUCUACGCCCACGGCGACAUCAAAAACCCCAUGCCCGAAACCGUCCGCGUGUUAGACGAGAUCCUCACCGACUUCAUGCAGUCCAUCGCCUUCGAAGCCAACCGCGCCGCAAACUACUCGGGCCGGCAAAAGAUCAAGUACGAAGACUUUGAGUUUGCCUUUCGGAAGAACCCUUCGUUUUUGGGUAAAGUGCAGGAGGUGUUCGAGAAGCAAAAGGAGAUCAAGAAGGCGCGAGAAAUUCUGCGGGAUGGUGAGGAUGAGAUUAUGAAGGAUGCGGCCGAGGAGGAGAAAAAGAAGGAAAAGGAAAAGGACAAGGAAAAGGAAAAGCCAAAGGCGAAUAGAGUGGAAGAGGAGUUGGGUGAAGCGGAUGAUGAUGCUGAGGCGGAAGCAGAUGCUUUGGGGAAGAGGAAGUAAGGGUGGUUGUUCUUAGAUGGGGUUUGAUUGGGCCCGUCUAUUUCCCUUUCUUUUCGCUGCUUGGUUUUACAAGGCAUUGUUCUGGAGUUCAGGGCGGCAGAAAGCAUGUAAUAGAUGCUUGAUACAUGGGAUCGGUGUUUUUGGGGUCAUUUUACUUUGCUUUUCUUUUAUUAGCACGUACUUACAGCUUAAUGGAUGCCAGCUGAUCAAUACCACAAUUUAUGCGAUCCUUCAGCACAUCCCCUCU